AUGCAGCCAGAAGCAGCGGACGUUGAGUGGCUGCUGGGCCCCGGGGCGACCCUACGGCGCCUGGCAGGACUGUGGCGGCAGCGGCAGGACUACUCUGGCCGCCUGCGGGCAGCUCUCACCCUGACCGCCGUCGCCCUGAUGCCGGCCUUCGUCGCCCUCAAGCUGACCAUGGACCCUCCUGACGAACUGGAAGAACUCGCAAUGUGUGGUUUUGUUGCCUUAGUCGCCGGAGGAAUGUUGGUGAAGGCUGCGCUCUUCGUCCAUGGGGGACGCGCCCUGCGCCAGCUGGUGCAGCUGCUGUACUGGACCAGGGGACGCUACGGCAGUGGAGGAAGCGGCGACGCUACCAGGCGCCGCUAUAGGAAGCUUUCGGACCGCGUUUACUUCUACUUGCAGGCAGCAUCUGUGCCGGCCAUCAGCGGCUGGGUGUGUUCUCCGCUGCUGUCGCGCAUCGUGCUCCAGGGAGCACCGGAAUCUGGCGACGCACGUCGUCAGCUGCCGACGCCUGCGUGGCUACCUCUGGACAUCCAAGCGUCACCCACGUACGAACUGCUGUACGCGAUGCUAGCAUUCUGCCUUUUGAUAGCUUCCGAGACUUCGGUCGGCAUCGACAGUUUCUUCAUUCACCUUAUGCUGAUGAUUUCUGCAGAAAUAGAAGUCUUAAGUCAGAAUGUCUCAGCCAUGCAGAGAACUCUUACGGAGACUCCACAGCACAAGGAUGAGGAUUGGUGUUCCAAUGUAGAAAUAAAUAAUGAAACGCAGAAAUUUUCUCGCAGCCAGCAUUCCUUAAAUACUACACUGAUAACUGAAGAUGUUUCAGAUGAGGAGAUAUAUUCGCUGCUCGUGAACAACGUUCGACAUCAUCAGACGAUAUUUAGAUUGGUUGCUCUUUUGCAGUCGUCAAUGACUGUGUCAAUAUUUGUACUGCUGUUAGUCAACAUGGCUAAUUUGUGUUCCAGUGUGUUUGUCACUGCAGUGUUGUUGCAGAGAGACAAGAGCGUAACAAAAGCACUGAAGUCGCUGGUGGCAAUACCUCCGGUCCUAUACCAAACGGGAUUGUACUGCAUUUUCGGAAACAUUAUAACAGAUCAGAGUGAGAAGCUGGUCAACUCUGCUUUCAACUGCGGCUGGGCGGACUGUGACAUCCGCUUCAAGCGCAUCCUGCUCAUCUUCAUGAUGCGAGCUACGCAGCCGAUGGAGAUCACUGUCGGGAAGACCUGUAAACUGUCCAAGCAGAUGCUGGUACAGAGGGUAUUAUGGAGAACAGAGACAGAUUUUGGCGUCAAUGACAAUUGGUUACCUCAAUGA